GUACGUGCGUCGGUGUGAAACCCUCUCUGCUCAGCGUCGGUGUUGGAGAGCGCAUCAGUCAUACCGCAUGGUGUAGGUGGACGACAGCAAGCGGAUAAAUGCGAUCUAUAUCGGGAAAGCCCCGGCUGUCCGCGGCAGAAACCUGAACAGGUGGCUCCCUCGGAGCCGUCGCAGUAACGCGCCAAGGCAGAGACCCUCGACAGCUUGUCUCGCUAAUCGCUUCUCUGACGACAGAGCAUUUACCCUCGUGCGCGUAAAACCAGGAGUCCUGCAGGUUUGAAUUGGUGGAUAAGAUCAGUCAUCAGGAUUGUACUCAUCAGUGUUGAUUCAGUCCUCUUCGCGAAGUUUUGGAUAGUGCGUCUUGUUUUUGAGGCUGGAAUGACAUAUUUGGAUACUAUGAUUCUUUCUUGGAUUUUAUAAUCUCUCCUCUGAGUUUGGAUUGCCAAGCAAUUAUAAGGGCUGACAGUGAGAACACAGCAUGUUGCCAGAAAUUAACAACAAGACAUCUCGACCGGAGGCUUUCUCUCACCCUCACAGACUCCCAGCAGAAGGAAACCGUCUUGGAACAAACCGACCGUGUUCACAGAAGUUUGGUUCUGGUGUAGGGACCCUGCCCCAGCUUGAGCCACCUGUGGUCCAGGUGGUGGUCAGCAAUGCCAAAAACCAGAACCAGCAGUCGGACAGCAUCCUGCCCCAAAUUGCCAACAAGGGGGGCCAAAACAACUAUCAGUCACACCCGGAUGAUAGGCAGAAGCCCGCUCAGCAGUUCAGCAUGCGCUUUGGUGCAGCAAUGGAUAAAAUGUCCGUCUCCCGCAACAGCAAGAUUAUCAGCAACAAGCUGGAGAAAGAGAAGGCAUACGAGGGACAAAGGCUACCCAUGUCCCCCAAGGAGGCACUGAAGAACUUCAAGGACCGGAUGACAGAGUUUGAGCAGGAGGAAAUCAUGGACUACGCAGAGAUCUGGUUCCUUGGUUCGGGCUCUCAGAAGAUCGAGGGUUCCCAAGGAACACCGCAGAACAAUGGAUAUGAUGAUGAGCAUGGAAGCUACGUCAGGGUGCUGCAUGACCAUAUUGGCUACAGGUUUGAAGUGCUUGAAGUGAUCGGGAAAGGCUCCUUUGGGCAGGUCCUCAAAUGUCUCGAUCACAAGAACAAUGAGCUGGUAGCCAUCAAGAUGAUACGCAAUAAGAAAAGGUUUCAUCACCAAGCCCUGGUGGAGCUGAAGAUCCUGGAUGUGAUCAAGAGGAAAGACAAAGACAACCUUCACAACGUCAUCCACAUGAAGGAGUACUUUUACUUCCGAAAUCACCUCUGCAUCUCCUUUGAGCUUCUCGGGGUGAACUUGUAUGAGCUGAUUAAAAAAAACAACUUCCAGGGCUUCAGUCUCGCUCUCAUCCGCCGCUUCACCCAUGCUCUCUUGCGGUGCCUUCAGAUGCUGCACAGGGAGAAGAUAAUCCACUGUGACCUCAAACCGGAAAACAUCCUGCUGUCUCAGAGAGGGCCAGGGAACAUCAAGGUGGUGGACUUUGGAUCAAGCUGUUACGAACAACAAAGAGUGUACACAUAUAUCCAGAGUCGCUUCUACCGCUCUCCAGAGGUCAUCCUGGGUCACCCCUACAGCAUGGCCAUUGAUAUGUGGAGUCUGGGCUGCAUCCUUGGUGAACUGUACACAGGCUAUCCUCUCUUCCCAGGAGAGAGUGAAGUGGAGCAAAUAGCUUGCGUAAUGGAGGUUCUUGGGAUGCCUCCAAAUGACUUUGUUCAGUCAGCAUCGAGGAGGAGGUUGUUCUUUGACUCCAAAGGAAACCCCAGGAACAUCACGAACAGCAAGGGGAAGAAGAGGAGGCCAAACUCCAAGGAACUGUCAGCUGCGUUGAAAACAAAUGACGUUUUGUUCCUAGACUUCAUCAAACGCUGCCUCACUUGGGACCCAACCAAACGCAUGACUCCAGAUGAGGGGCUACAGCAUGAGUGGAUCCUGGAGGGAAAUUUUAACAAAGUCCGACCAAGAACUAGGCCGACAGGGAAGAAGGCCUCAGACAGUUCGACCAGUAAGCCUGUGGAGAAGGUCAGCUCAGAGAGCAGCGCUAAGGACAAACUGAAGAGAGACGGGACAGCACCACGAAAAAAGAUGGCCUCCGCAGAGCGACUGCGACCCAUCGGGGCCUCAGCAGAAGAGGAGGUGUGUGAAAAUGAGGGCAAGCGCUCUACAGAUACAAAGCAGCAAGAAGGGGGUGGAGAGAGGCCCGUUCACAUCAUCAUCCAGCCUCAAGAAGAAGCAGGAACAGAGAGAGAAGAUAGCCAGGAGUCGUCUCAGUGUUUGCCCCCCAUCAUGUAACAGGCAGAGCGAAUCGUGCUGCAUUCAUGAAAAGUCAAAAAUGUUGUUUAGGUUUAUAGUGAUAGAGUUGGUGAGGUGGAAGUAAAUGGACAGCUAAGAGAAUGUUGCAUUUUGUUGUCCCUGCACACAAUUUAAUUUAUGAGAAUACGUGUUCUCAUUUACUACAAACUCUGCCAUGUUGUUUCAGUCUCUACGUGACGUUACAGAACAACAUGCAUGAGUCGGACUUUCAAGGUUGAAAGAAGUGGAUGUUUUCUACGGACAGGAAGAACACAAACCAGUUUCCACUUAUUGAAUAUAAAUAUUAAUGUAUACGGGACACACUGAUCAUCAGCAAAGAUGGACAUCUUCUAUUUAUUGUUUUAAGUCUACAGCUACAGUGUUUUAUUUUAUUCUAUGGAACUUUGUAUGACAGUAAAGUCAACCAGUUGUAAUUUUUUUAAGAUGCAGUUGCAGGCUUUAUUUUGUAUUUUUUGUAUGUGUCACAAUUGUUUGCCACACAAAGAUGCACAUGUUAAUUAGAUCAAAUGGUUAAAAUUCAAAGUACAGCAUCAGCUAUUGGCUGUUUCUGUCUCCAUAAACAGUUUUAGUUUCUGUGAUAAAAAGCAGUACAUGAUACGUGCAUGGGUAUAAAAGCUACCUAAUCUUUGUUAUUAUAUUAUUUUCUUUUUAUUUUGGACAUUUUAGCAUUAACUCAAUAUAGGUAAAAUAUUAGAGAAGUGUGUGCAAUAAAGGCUGAGCCAAAAAAAGAUUUUUUUAAAUCAUGUUGACACAUAAAACUACUUUCAUUAACUUUUUAAUUGUGUAAUGCAGUAGAUUGUUGAUGAUUUAAUGUAUUUAUUUUGGAAUAUGUUUGAUUCUGUUUCAACGUUGUUAAACAUCUGCAUCCAACAAUCAUAAAAUAUGUAAUAGAAUCUAUUGUAUAUUUAUAUGUCUUCUGUAAUUUCCUAUGUUUGUGUAUGAUAAAACAUAUUUUAAGAAAAUAUUUCAGAUAUUUGUUGAGGGUUUAGACAAGGUUUUACUUGUUGUGGUGUAACUGUAUGAAAAUAUUGUUUGUAUGUCUGCGUUAUUUUUAUAUUAGAAACAAAAAGACAACCGUGUUCUUGAUAGUUUGUGCCUUGCAGUAUUAGGAAUCUUGCACUUUAAUGAUGUGUGUAUACAUUCAGAUUAGAAACAAAUCAACAGGUUCAGACCCUGCCAGGAUCCCUUUUUCUGACAAAAUGAUGACUCAUCUAACAUUACCAAAACAUACGGUUAUGCCAUAACAUACCUUAUUAACCAGCGUUUUACAAUUGGUUUAUGUCUUUUGUCGUCAACAGAGAUCCAAUUUAAAGUGAAUUCAGACCCUUGCCCUCACUAUCGAUUAACAUAUCCCAAUAAUAACAAAAAGUGAUGUUAUAGUUAUAUGAAUUAUUAUGUCUUUUUGUCUUUUAUGAUAAAAUAAAAUGUUGUUUCAAAGAACA